GUAUUACAUUCAUAUAGUAAAAAUAUUUAACACAGUAGACUCAUGUAGUACAUCAAUAUUUAUUUCUGUGCUACAUAAAUGUAAUUUAAAGCAGGGUAAUUAUAUACAAUUUUUUGUCUAUUUCCUCACAUUUCCAAUGCAUGAUACUAGUAAACCUGCGGCAGAAAUCUACACCGACCACCCAAACAGCAAUUACUUUUCCAACGGCUAUUAAAUUGUUCCCGCUAUCAUCCAUUCCAUGUUAGAAAAUAUUUCUAAAUAACGGACUAUACGUUUUUAAGUUAUUGAUCUGUCACAGACAAGAGAGAACUGCUACACAAGAAUUUGGCAUCCUUUCUCCCGUCCCCAAUGAUUUAACAACGUAAUUUAGGCUGCAAGUGAUAUUGACUUUAUAUCAGAAUGUCGGCUGCUGAGCGCUUCUUAUGCGCGCGACCUAGUGAGAAAAAACAUCUUCCCGAAAUAUUCUUUGUAGAGAGAUAUAUUUUGAUAGCGUCUGUGAAUGCUUUGGGAUAAAAUAAGAUUUGUACAUGUGAAAUGGUAUCUAGUGACGGAUUAUGUACAUAGUUCUUAGCAUCUAGGUCUUCUAGCUGAACGAAAUGCACACGGCUGGCACAGAUAGUGGUAUGCCAAACGAUGAAAGCAGACACUUGGCGAUCAUUGAUUGCAGAGAUUCUCACAGCAGCGAAUUUAAACCAUUCCGUCUGUCCUUAUGCCUACAAUUCGACACGUGUAAUAAAUGGCUAUCUUUAAGUUGGAGAAGAAAAUGUGUAGUCGUUCUACUUAUUGGAAUGAUUUGUCAAAUGAUCUAUUUCUUCAGAAUAAAACACCAGCGAUAUUUGUACAAAGUGGAUACAUAUUCUCUACCGUGCGAAAUGCCUGUACUGGAUCCAUACGACUCUAAUCAAAUGAAAAAUAUGAAAAUAUCGAAACCAUUUAAAUGUGACUUAUUGCAUUCACCGGUUUAUGUUGACGGCGAAAACUUGCUACAAUUCAACCAAACUGCUGUGGAACUUUUGCACAUAAAUCCCGAUUCUAUAGCAUGUACCUGCCAAAUUAUUCAAAGAGAGGUUAAUACUGAUGAUAAAGUGGUAUAUUCUGAUACAUUCUUAUGUACCCCUCCUUACAAUAUACAGUCUGACUUUUUUAAGAUACGCUGUGUUUCUGGUGAGGCAGAACUUAUCAAUACACUGCUCACAAACAUAUUUCGAUCAGAAAGAGCAUUCAAAAGACAUACAGAGGAACAUUACAGUGUAAUACUAUUUGGAAUGGAUUCGGUGUCGAGAAAUGAUGCAGUUAGACAAAUUCCAAGAGUAGUUCGGUAUUUGCAAGAGGAACUUUCAUCUAUCGAUAUGAUGAUGUAUAACAGGAUUGGAGGACAUACCUUUGAUAACAUCAUUCCAAUGCUUACUGGUCUUCUAGCCAAUGUCAAAGAUAUUCCAUAUUUAGACAAUGUUGGAACUCGCUUUGAGAUGUUCCCAUUGAUCUGGAAAAACUUUUCUAGAAAUCACUAUGCAACUUUUUACGCAGAAGACAAUUUACAAUUUCACACAUUCAACUUUAAAAAAGAAGGUUUUAAAGUUCAGCCAACAGACCAUUACAUGCGACCAUUUUGGAUCGCAGAUUAUGAAUCACGGCCGACGAAACUUUUGUUCUGGAAGGAAAACAUAAGCAGUUAUAAUAAGCGUAAAUGUUUAGGCAACAUCCCAAAAUAUCUCGUGCAAAUGAAUUAUCUCAAACAGUUCAUAAAUACAUAUAAAGAUGUAAGAAAAUUUGGAAUUUCACAUUUGAAUGAAUUAUCACAUCAAAAUGUGAAUGACCUUCAUCUUGCUGAAGACGAUCUCAUAGAAUUUUUUAAAUGGUUCAAACGAGGCGGACAUCUCAACAACACAUUUCUUGUUGUUUACAGUGACCAUGGACCACGUGGUCAAAGUCAAACCCAUCAGUCGUUACUGGAAACGAAUUUACCUUUUCUUAGCAUCGUGCCACCUUACCAUUUUCGGAAGACAUAUCCAGAUGUUAUAAAUAAUAUGAAGAAAAACGCCAAUGUUUUGACAACACAUUUUGAUUUGUUUGCCACUUUAGGAGACAUUCUGCAUCGACAAUUUAAAGCGCCCUCUGUGGUCAAUGUCCAUAAGAAGCCACGCGGGAUCAGUCUCUUCCGGUAUAUUCACAAACAGAGAUCUUGUUCAGAAUCAAGUAUACCUGAACAAUAUUGUAUGUGUUAUAGAUCUCAGAAGUUAAACAUAACAAACAAUCAAGUGAUACAAGAAAUUGCUCAAUAUGUAGUAGACAAACUGAACCAGAUGUUGUCGAAUGAAAAGGGCUGUGCUCAUCUCCGCGUGAAAAACAUGCUAGAAGCUCAUGUUUUGGUACAGGGAAAGCAAACGGAGCAGAGACAGCAAGGGUUGUUUAACAAGUUCAGUAAAGUUGUUUCAGAAAACGAUUAUGCUGAUUAUAAAAUUGUUAUCGAGACACUUCCAGGAAAUGCCAAAUUUUUUGCGACAUCGAAAACAGAUUCUGACGGAAAACGAUAUGUGCUAGAUAAUAUAGAACGGAUAAAUAGGUACAAUAACCAAUCUCAUUGUGUAAAUGAUGAUAAACUAAGGCCGCUUUGUUAUUGUGUUGAAUGACUAAACAGUUUCCAUCUAAGAAUUGUAUAUGUACAUUGACCAAAUUCAUUUGCAUGUGAUUUUAGAAAACGUAUCAGUACUGCUAUAUUGUCUGUGUAGAAUUGUAAUCCUGUGGAUUUUUGUCCUAUAUUUUGAAAGUUAUGUUUUUAUGAAAACGUAUAUGUUUACUAUUGAGAAUUCCAUUGGUAACAUUUUUACAGUCAUCAGCAUGGUGGCCAUCUUGAAUUUCGAAAUAGCUGCCGAAUUUCAAUAUGUUUACCGUUAUACAUGUAUAUUCAAUCUAACCUUCAAAUAUACAUAUAUUUCUUACUAGAACACACAAAUUUAUAUUGCUAAAAGGUAUUGUCCGUAAGUAUUGACCUGGCACUCUUGAACAUUCCGUAUAUUUCCGUAAAUUAAUUUUCGGUUUCCGAACAUAAAUAGCGAUAUAACUAUUACAUAUACAAUUCUUAAUUGAUAUACUGUCGCAUGUGCAGGUAGCUGUGUGGACAAAGCGUUUAUCUGCCAAUACCAGUGUUGUGGGUUCGAGUCCUACGUCUAACCAUAUCUUUUUUUUGUCCCCAAAUUUUAUAAGCAGACUUACUACUUAUUUGAGCAAUGGUAUCGUGAUAUUUAUGGUUCAUUUAUUAACAGUAAUCAUAUUUACCCGUUGUAAAAAAGUGUAAUAAAAUUGUUCAAUCUGAGAUAAAAGACAAAUUACCUGUCACCAGCAUUCCAGAAAAAAAAUACUAUCAGACAAAACAAUUAAAAUUCAUGAAAUAUGACACAUAAAAUAAUGUAAAAAUAAAGCUGGUAUCUAAAACAUUACAAUACAUUAAAUUAAAAAAAAAAAUAUGAUAUAAGUGAUUUCGAACCCCUGGUAACGUGCGUGGAAGUCAGACAGCUUACCUCUACGCCACCGUGUCAUUGGUUAACUCUACAUAUGUUACUUUAGUUAUAUAGAUUAUAUCAGGAUACAAAUAUUGCGUAAAUUAACGAAAACACCCGAAAAUGUUGGCGAAGAUUAAUGAGUGCAAGGUCAAUACUUACGGACAAUAUACGCUUGUAUUUAUAAUAUGUACAUGACGUUUUAGUUAAGUAUUGAUUUUAAAACAUGAAAAACAUCAUUGUCAAAUGCAAGUUUAGGUAGAAAAUCUUUUUUCUAUAUACAGCCAAAAUGCAGCCAUUCUUUAAAAGAAGUGGUACAUUUAUUUGAAAACAUGCUUAAGACAUUCAUCUUUUACAGAAUAUCGUAUCAACUAUUUAUAUAUUUAUACAAUAUAUUUAUAGAUUAUGAGCGAACGUAAUACUUCUUGCACACUUUACAAGGUACGUCCGCGGCCAAGUGGUUUAUAAGGUUGUUGGCAUCAGAUCAGAUCAGUAUUCUACCAGGCGCCCACCCAUGCCUGAAAUAAUUCCAGGAGGGAUAUAUUGAGUCUUCCUCAACAAUUAAAGCUAGAACGUUUGCCAUAUGUCCUGAACUGUGUCGAUGUGAAGUGAAAUUUUAAACAUAUAUGUGCAAUAUUAGACUGUCUUCAAGAACUGGGCUAUGAAGUUCUGUUUUGUUGACCGAAACAAUUUUAAAAUAUCGCUUUCCAGUUUUAAAAUGAUAAAGGAAGGCCCAAAAUGCCCCUCCGGUCAUUGCUAUAGACAUGGGCAGGUGCCAUGGCGGAAAAAAUAAUAUUCGGAAAACCAGCUACAUUGUCUUCACAUAAAGUGUUCUAUGUCACUUCAAGGCUUUAAACCCAACAAAGUGAAGGGAAACUGAUUCGAAAGUCACUCAGUCAUGUACGGGUAUUGCAGUUAGACUGUCUCCUUCGAAUAAUAGUAUAACAUCACCAAAUGCACAAUAAUUUGACAACGGUUACAACUGUUUAACUAUCUUAAAUUACUUUUCUUUCUUACUCAAGAUAAAGUUUAAGAAUUGUGUAUGACACAACUGCAGUUGGUUUAUUUAGCACAACAAUGGAGAAAAAGGGUGCUGUGUGAAGUUCAUUCUGAAAUAUCUGAAAAUCUUUCAUACAUUGUAUAAUUUUUUCCCUUUAAUCAAAUUUAAAAUAUAAAUACUGAUAAUACCUCACAAAGGUUACCUCAACUUAUUUUAUAUGACAUAUUCAAUCAAUUCACAAUUGUAAUAGUAUAUGACUCCAAGAAGCAAAGGCAUAUUUUCGUUUUUUUUUUUUUUUUUUACUUCCCUUUAUUUUGUCUUUAUCACUUAAUAUUAAUGAUACCUGACAAGACAUACAGAAUGGUUAAUUCAGACAUAUCUUAUUUGAAUGAUUGUAUUUUGUUCAUGCCAUGUCUACGUUUUUAUAAGACCUAGCAAAUUUGUACAUAAUUUGUAAAUUACUACAAGAAAUCUGUCUCUCUUUGAGCACAAAUAAUUCCGUCUCAAAAACACAAGAUAAAAUUUAAUGUUCCAUUUGAACUUGUCUAACAAAUCUUAGCAUUUAUGCGACCUACAUAAUGCAUAUAUUACGUUUUAGAGCAAUUCAAUAGAUAAGAAAUGGAAAAUUAGCAUAAUUUGGGGCGGCCAUUUUGAAAUAAAGAUGACCGCCAAAAUAAUGGCGUAAGAAAGUUUUGCAAAUAGACAUCUUCACUGUUAUUUACUUCUUUCCAAACAAUAUUUUGGGGCCAAAGUACGAUGAUUAUCCGUAGAGCUCAAAAUACCAUAGACACCCAUUUGCCCGAUGAUAAAAACAGCGAACGUGCGAUAUUUUAGCAAAUAUUCGCCAUUUUGUAAGUUUCAACCAUUUUGCUCACUUAAAGUAAGAGUGCAAUCAUUUCACGUCCUCGCCCCUCUCCACCUGAAAAUGGCUGUAGCUGUGUGAAAAUUAGUUAAGGUAUGGGUUAUGCACGUAAUUAUGGAAAUAUGUAAAGUCUAGGGACAACAGAUAUUUUUAUAACUACAACAUUUUUGAAUCAAUGAUGACAGAAAACAUUCUUCAAAGUGUACAAUAAAAUGAUUGUUGUAUCCUCUUAAGCACUAAGAGUAUGUAAUUAUCUGUCGAUACAGGGAAAAUAGGUCUAUGUAACUAACCCGCAUUUAUUAUACAGCUGUAGUUAUAUAAGUGAACUUGUGGUCUAGUGGUAACACGCUUGAUUGUCAAUUUUGAGGUCCGGAAAUCGAAUCCCGGUCCAAGCUUUGGUGAAUUCUGAGAUGCUCUUGAAUGCCUCAUAUCUAACUAAGAGGUAUGACGGUAUUAAAAACAUUUCUUCUUUGAGUCAUAUUAAAUUGUCAAAGUC